UCCCACGGACCGCGGCGACGCCGGAGCCCCCCGAGCCCCCGGCCCGGCCCCAGGGAGCCAGGGAGCCAGGCAGCCAGGCAGCCAGGGAGCCAGGGAGCCCGGGAGCCCGGGAGCCAGGGAGCCCGGCCCGGACGGACAGAGGGACAGGAGGGGAAAUGGCGAGGCCAGGCCCGGGCCUGCUGCUGGCCCCCCUGCUGCUGCUGCUGCUGCUGCUGCUGGCCCUGCUGCUGCUGCUGCUGGCCGGGCCUGCGGAGGGGGCCGGGCUCGGGGACGGGACCCUCGGCCGGAGCCGGGACCCCGGGGCCGCCCACGGCAACCAGGGCCAACCAAGCCCACCGCAGCGGCACCGGCACCAGCACCGGGACCAGGACCGGGACCAGGAGCAGGAGCAGGAGCAGGAGCGGGGCCCGCGGCGCUCCUGCCACGGAGCCUUCGACCUCUACUUCGUCCUCGACAAGUCUGGAAGUGUGAGACACCACUGGACGGAAAUUUACUCCUUCGUUGAAAGCUUGGCUGAAAAGUUCAUAAGUCCGAUGCUGCGAAUGUCUUUCAUAGUUUUCUCCUCCAGAGGAACUACGAUCAUGAAAUUGACAGAAGACAGAGAAGCCAUAAGACGGGGACUAAAUAUCCUUCGGUAUGAAGUGCCUGGAGGAGAUACAUUCAUGCAUGAAGGACUGGAAAGGGCAAAUGAGCAGAUUAGCCUCGAGAACAGUGGAGGUCUUCGGACUGCUAGUGUGAUCAUUGCCUUGACAGACGGAGAAUUGCAAAAAGACCAAUUUUAUUAUGCAGAGAAGGAAGCCGACAGAGCCCGGAGUCUCGGGGCAAUUGUUUACUGUGUGGGAGUGAAAGAUUUUAAUGAAACUCAGCUAUCAACAAUCGCCGAUAGCAUUGAUCACGUGUUUCCUGUUACAGGGGGCUUUCAUGCCUUGAGAGGCGUCAUUGACUCAAUCCUGAAGAAAUCCUGCAUCGAAAUCCUAGCAGUGGAGCCAUCCAGUGUCUGUGCAGGAGAAUCCUUCCAAGUGGUCGUUCGAGGGAAUGGCUUCUAUCAUGCAAGGAAUAUUGACCAAGUCCUCUGCAGCUUCAAGAUCAAUGACACCAUUACCAUUAAUGAAAAACCAACGGUGGUGCAAGAUACAUACCUGUUUUGUCCCGCACCAGUUCUAGAAGAGAUUGGACAGGUGGUUUUCCUUCAGGUCAGCAUGAACAAGGGGCUCACAUUCAUCUCCAGCUCUGUCAGCAUUACAAGCACAAAAUGUCUGAGUGGGACCAUUCUCUUCAUCGCCUUGCUCAUCCUGUUCCUGUUGCUCGCUUUGGUUUUCCUCUGGUGGUUCUGGCCCUUGUGCUGCACCGUGGUCAUCAAGGAGCCUCCUCCUCCUCCGCCUCCACAGCCGGACUCGGAUGACGAAGAUGGAUUACCCAAAAAGAAGUGGCCGACCGUUGAUGCCUCCUAUUAUGGAGGAAGAGGGGUUGGCGGAAUUAAGAGAAUGGAGGUGAGGUGGGGCGACAAAGGCUCGACGGAGGAAGGAGCCAAACUGGAGAAACCCAAAAACGCCGUCAUCAAGUUACCGGAGCAGGAAUAUGAGCCGUGGGAGCCCAAGCCGAAGAAGCACGGCGCCCGGAAGCCGCCGUCCCAGAGGAAGUGGUACACGCCCAUCAAGGGCAAACUGGAUGCAUUGUGGGCAUUGGUUCGACGAGGCUAUGAUCAAGUGUCCCUCAUGAGACCCCAGCCAGGAGACAAGGGUAGGUGCAUCAACUUCUCCAGAGUCAAGUCGGACGGUACGACGACGACCUUCGCUGCCACCCCAAGACCUGCUCCCAGCCAUGAGCAGGUGCCUCUCAACAACGCCCCGAGGGGCCCUCCCCCACCUCCGGCACCUCCGCAGCCUCCCACCAGGCAGUUACCUCCCGGCCCCCCUCCGGCCCGGGCCCCUCCAGGCCCUCCCCCCUCCCGCCCGCCCCCCCAGCCCGCCCUGUAA